AUGAAUGGCUCAUCGAAUUUAUAUUUCAUUCGAAGUGGUAAUAAUAACACUCAAAUAACUGACCGUCUUCUUUCAAUCUAUUCACUUUUACUAAUUUUAAUUGGUACUCCAUGUAAUCUUCUUUGUUGUAUAAUUUAUUUACAAAAAGCAAAUCGUUCAAAUUCAAUAAAGACGAUAUUUGGUUAUUUAGCUUUUCUUGAUACAAUCGUUUUAUAUACAUUUAAUUUGAAUUAUGUCUUUCGAGAAUUUAAUGUUGACGUUCGUAUAACUUAUUUUAAUAACAAAUAUAAUCAUUAUAACAAUAAUAACAACAAUAAUAGUGCUAGUCCAUAUUUUGAUGAAAAUGAUAACAUUAAUGGCAUUAUUAUUAAAAAAAAUGUUGAAGAACAAUCACUAUUUAUCUGUCGUUUUCUGUCCUAUAUUGCAUUUUCUACCUUACAAACAUCUUCAUGGAUAUUAGCAUUUGGUUCAUUUAAUCGUUAUUUAUUAAUAAAAAAGAUAUCACAUUUCGAAUUUGUUUGUAAACGACGCUAUACUAUAGCAAUAUGUUUUUUUUUAACAUGUGCAUUUUUUCUAUCAAACUUGCAUAUACUUUGGAUGAAUGGUUACCGUUCAUCAUCUGGCAGCAUUAUAUGCUAUAAAAAUAAAGAUUAUCCGAAUUAUAUUGUUUGGUAUCAACGGUUACAUUUAAUUCUUUAUUCAGUUUUACCAAGUAUUAUUUUAUUUAUAUUUAAUAUACGUUUAAUGCGUAUUAUAUUUGCAAGUAAGAAACGUUUAGAUAAUCAUAGACGUAUAGUUUUAUUUGCUGCCGCAGCAACAACGACAAUACCAAUUAAUCGACAAAGAAAUUUUCUUGCUAUACAACACAUGUCAUCAUCAGCAUUAAAGCCAACGAAUAAAAGUAGUCCAUCAAGAUUACUUAAUCGACAUAGUCGAAAAUUAACUAUAUCAUUGAUAUUUAUAACCAUAUCUUAUUUUACAUUAACAUUUCCAUCAACAGUUAUUUUUUCAUUUUUUCGUUCAUAUAUUGAACCACCUUCAUUAAGACGGACUAUAUCACUUCUAUUUACCAAUUUAUCAACAACGACACAUGCUAUUCGAUUUUUUAUUUAUUUUUUUUGUUCAAUUGAUUUUCGCAAUGAUUUCUAUAAUUUAUUUUUAUUCAGACGAUUAUUUCGUCUCAAGUUAAUGAAAAAACGAGAACAUCAUGUAACUUUACAUUAUACAACUCCACGUCUUACAACUUUACAUUUUAGUAACAAGCAAACUGAAUUACAAUUAACAUCAAUUAAACAUCGGUUGGAUAGAUGA